CCAUACGCUUUUAUUCUCCAUCUUUUACAAACAUAUAGCUUUUCGAUCGAUCGAUCAUGUCUGAAUUACAAUCGGAAUCACCGACCUCACCACCACCACCAAAAUCAGACCAACAAACAUCGAAAUCUCCAGCCUCGCCACCGCCAUCGCCACCGCCAAAAUCAGACCAAGAAACAUCGGAAACUCCUACCUUGCCGCCCCCGAAAGUUCAGCUCCAUAGCAACUCAGAUAUACUAAGAGAGAUAGUGUUAUGGAGAAGGAAGCAGCUGAAUGUUGGAAUCCUCGCAGCAGCAACGGCGACAUGGAUAGUGAUGGAUGUUUACCACUACAGUUUCAUCACUCUCCUUUCUUGGGUGGCCAUCGCCCUCCUCUCCUGCUUGUUCUUCUGGGGCACCAUCCACCGCUUCUUGAAAAAAGAGGCGCCCGACCUGUCUGAGCUUGAGAUCAGCGAGGAGACGGCGAAGGCGCAAGCCGGGUUGCUGAGGCGGCGGGUGGAGGACGGAAUACGGCUGAUGUUUCAUGUCGGCAGUGAGAGAGAAUGGUUUGUGUUUGUUGGAGCUGUCGCCGCUCUCUAUAUACUGUCGCUGGCUGCAAAACACUUGAAUUUUGUUACACUUUGCUUUAUAGGGAUUUGGGGGGCGAUGACGGUGCCGGUGAUUUAUGUGAAGAACGAGCAGAAGAUACGAGAAUUUGAAGGGAGUGCGAUGAUGAGGUGGCAAAGGUUGAAUGUGAUGUUUGAGGAGAAGUUUCAGAUUGUGAAAAGCAAAAUAGGAGGGAAACAGAAAGAGGUUAAGGAAAAGAAGACUAAGUAGGCUGUUGGUUUUGUAAUUCUACGUUCCAUCUCAAUUUGUUGCUCAAGAUAUAAAAUGUUGCGAGGACUUUGUCGUAAAAAAAAGCUGCGCUAAAUAUUUCAUGAUUUAUGCGAACUGCAGCAA